AUGGCUCCAGAUGAACUGAGGGUACGCAACAAGAUGAAACGGCAACAGCUGUUUGCUGACAUCAAAGAUCAGAAGAAUAAAGAGCGUCAUAACAUGCGCAAGAGCAGAGCCAAAGAAGAAAGAGAAGCGCCCGAAAUGAAGGACAAGAGACUGAAAGAAAAUGUUACCAACACUAUCGAUAGUCUUCGUGUUUACGACGAAACUAUUGAACAAGGUGCCGAAGGCGAAGAAAGUGACUUUUCGCAGUUUUUUAAUAACGGCAGCGAACCACCUAAAAUUCUCUUGACAACGAACGUUAAUGCCAAGAAGAACGCUUACGAGUUUGCAAACGUUUUGAUCGAAGUCCUACCUAAUGUCACUUUUGUGAAGCGCAAAUUUGGCUACAAACUGAAGGAGAUUGUAGAAUUUUGCGGUAAUAGGAAUUAUACUGACUUGGUGAUUAUCAAUGAAGACAAGAAGAAAGUCACCGGCCUCACAUUCAUUCACUUGCCUGAGGGCCCCACCUUCUACUUCAAAAUUAGCUCCUAUGUGGACGUGCAAAAAAUCGUGGGUCAUGGCAGAGCUACCAGCCAUAUUCCAGAACUAAUUUUAAACAACUUCAGCACCAGCCUCGGUAAGACAGUAGGGAAACUUUUUCAAUCGAUUUUCCCACAGAACCCUGACUUUGAAGGCAGACAAGUGAUUACUUUGCAUAAUCAAAGAGACUACAUCUUUUUCCGCAGGCAUCGAUACGUGUUUCGUAACGAGGAAAAAAUCGGACUCCAGGAACUUGGACCCCAGUUCACCAUGAAGCUGCAGCGUUUGCAACAUGGUAUAAAGGAAGAAACAGAAUGGGAACACUCAACAGACAUGGACAAGGAGAAGAAGAAAUUCUACUUGUGA